AAGUAUAUCCCGGUGUGAUGUUUACAGUUCCUCUAUAAAUUGGUAGCUCUCUUCGACGUCUGAGCACAUCGAUCAAUCAAACAGCAGCUUAAGAGACCAUGCAACGACACCACCACCUCGUCAUGGCUUCUUCCAAGAAGGAUCAAGAGCUACGGAGGUCAUACUCCGACAUGGUGGCGGAGAGCGAGAAGAAGCUGAUGAUGGAUGCGGAGACGAGGAGCAAUGAAGUGGAGAGCGUAAAGUGCGAGUGCUGCGGGAUGUCACAGGACUGCACCCGCAUCUACAUCGAGCGAAUCAAGGCCUUCUUCUGCGGCCACUGGGUGUGCGGCCUUUGCUCCGAGGCGGUGAAGGAGGAGAUGCGCCUGCGUCCUGCUGUGGCAAUGGAAGAAGCUAUGCGGGCUCACAUGGCCCUCUGCAAGGGAUUCAACCGCAGCAGGCUCAACCCUCAGCUGUCGUUGGCCAGUGCGAUGCGGGACAUCGCGAGGAAGAGCCUGCAGCACCGGACCUCCGAUGUGUUCUUUGCGUCGGAGGCGAGGAGAACCACGAGCUGCAAAUUCCGGCGGGCCUCCUUUCAGUGA